AUGACCGACGGCGUCGAGACACUAUCAUUAUCACCGCACAGUACACAUAUCUGGAGGACCGUAGUGUCAAAAGAAGGCCUCAAACAGACGUUUCUCUUACACGAGAUUCUUGCCUUGUCGUCUUUCCAGCUAGCUCACAAUAAGCCAGAUCGACGAGACGAUUACUACGCUGCCGGCACACAUCAUCAGGAUCACGCUCUCCGUGGCCUACGCAAACUGCUCCAAAAUAUUACAGAGGAGAAUGCACCAUCAGCAUUUGCUGCAUCAACGCUCAUUCCAAUCUCAGUAUUUGCAUCUAGAGGGUUGGACGCAGUAGAUGCGGAUGCCGAACCGCACAAUGCCCUCGACGACCUUGCAGACAUCUUCAGCUUGAUCCAAGGCAUCGGCCGCGUGAUAGCGGCCGCACAAAUGGGCAUCAUGAUGAGCGGGCCCUUCCAACACCUCUUCAAAGAUCCCGUUUACGAGACCGCACCACAACCCCUGUUCCAGAAGAUGCUCGAGCAGCUACCUACCCUCACCGCGCUCUUUGACGACGAUGAAUCCCUCGACGAAGAUUCACGUCGCGACCUCCUCGGAUUCGUAACCGGCAUGCGCGAGAACCUCCUGCGCUGCAGCAGGCCCUGCAUGGAGAACCGCGACAUGCGCUUCCUCUUCUACUGGCCGUUCCACCUCAGUCCGAACUUCACGUUUGGGCUGCGGCAGCGCAGCGCCGGCGCCCUCGUCAUCGUCAUGCACUGGACCAUCAUCCUGUCUGCUGCCGCGAGGACGUACUGGUUCCUGAGGGGCUGGUCAGACCGCAUAGUGAAGGCCGUGACGGACGAAUUGACCGAGGAGCCCUGGCGCGAGGCGAUAGAGUGGCCGCUGCAGCAUAUUGAGGCACAGCGGGUGGUGCCGCCGCCGGCGAUCCCUGAAGUCGAGAAUCUGGAGAUCUGA